AGCAGCAUCAGCAGCAGAGGAAGUGAAACAGCACCGUAAACAUGGCUGACAGUGGAGUGACAGAUGAGCCUGUCAAUAAAGAGGAAAUUGAACGAGCAAAGAGUGAAGGCAAAGAGCUGACUAAAGAGGAGAAGCAACGGCUGAGGAAAGAGAAGAAACAUCACAAGAAAAAUAAGGAGAAAAAGGAUGACAAGGCUUCACAGGAGUGUGAGAAAGAAAAAAAGCCUGUCAGCACAGACGCUCCAGUAUCACAGCCUCCAUCACAACCCACAACACAGAAAGCUCCUUCACCAGUGCCUACCCCUGCACCAGUUCCCGUGCCUGCCUCAGACGCCGCCGUAGCUGCAGACAAGCCUGCUAAAAGUAAAGCAGAGCUAAAAGCAGAGAGGCGAGCGCGGCAAGAGGCUGAGAGAUCGUCCAAACAGGGCAAGAAGGGAGAUGUGGGUCAGCCGGCUCCCACGAGCAAACCCAAAGCACCACCCAGUGAGCUGCAGCCAGUGGUCAAGAGGCUUCCAGAACAUAUCCAAGCAGACAACCCAGAUGUUUUAAGGAAACUAGCCAAGAAGUUGGAGAGACAACAGAUCCCACUUCGGUCAGACUACGGCUACAAAGUCAGUUUGUUUUCUCACCUUCACCAGUACAGUCGCAAAGCCCCUCUAACACAGCUACUCAGCAUUCCUUCCACAGUGAUUCAUCCUGCUAUUGUACGACUGGGCCUCCAGUAUUCACAGGGCAUUGUGGCAGGAUCCAACGCUCGCUCUGUAGCACUGCUGCAUGCCUUUAAACAGGUAAUAAUGGACUAUACUACGCCUCCAAAGGAGGAGCUUUCAAGAGACUUGGUGAACAAGCUGAAGCCUUAUAUCAGUUUUUUAAAUCAGUGUCGCCCCCUGUCAGCCAGCAUGGGUAACGCAAUCAAAUACAUCAAGAAGGAGAUCUCUUAUAUUUCUAGUCAAGACAAAGAAAAAGAGGCAAAAACCAAACUACUGAACUGCAUCGAGAGCUACAUUAGUGAUAAGAUCAUUAUUGCUGCUAUAGCUAUUGCCAAGUAUUCCAUAGAGAAGAUCAGCGAAGGAGACGUCAUACUAGUUUAUGGAUGCUCAUCACUGGUCAACCACAUACUGUGCGAGGCCUUCGAGAAGGGCAUUAAGUUCCACGUGAUUGUGGUGGACAGCAGGCCUCGGCUGGAGGGCAGGGAGGCUCUGCGGCGUCUGGUCAAGAAAGGCAUCAGCUGCACUUAUGUCCUUAUCUCAGCUGUCUCCUACAUCCUUCCAGAGGUGUCGAAGGUGUUCCUUGGUGCUCACGCUCUGCUGGCCAACGGUUACGUCAUGUCCCGCGUGGGGACGUCACAGAUCGCUCUGGUGGCCAAAGCCUUUAACGUGCCUGUGCUGGUGUGUUGCGAGACCUACAAGUUUUGUGAGAGAGUGCAGACGGAUUCCUUCGUGUCCAAUGAACUCGAUGACCCUGAUGAUCUCAUUGUGACCCGGAAAGGAAAGACUCAGCUGGAGGACUGGCAGCAGGUGAAGUCUCUCGGCCUGCUCAACCUGGUGUACGAUGUGACGCCGCCCGAUUUUGUGGACCUGGUCAUCACAGAGCUGGGAAUGAUCCCAUGCACCUCUGUCCCUGUGGUGCUGCGAGUAAAAAAUGUGGACCAGUAAUUUGAAAAAAAAAACCAGCUCUCCUGAACCAAGAGACUGUGGAGUUGUGUGCAUGAAUGAUUGCACACAACACACAAUAUCGUGCUUUUAGCAUGCAAUAAAUAUAUAUCUGUAACGGCAUAGGCUGUGUUUUUGUGGUAAAAUUGCAUCAUUAGAGUUUAUUGAGGCAAGUUGCGUAUUUUUUUUUUAUGUUAGAGGGAGAGAUGUUAUGAGCUUUUUCCUUACAACUGAACGUUUAAUUGCCAGUAUUUAGAGCAUAACAUUUCCACCAUGUUCAGGUUGUCAACACUAUGCAGCUUUAAACUCGCCAUUAAAGGCUUUUUUUAAUUACUAUUGAAGGCCCCAUAAAUUCUUCAGACUAGGUUUUAUUGAUUUGAUCAAUUGAACAGGAUAAAAGAUAUAUACCUUGGAAAAAGUUCUCAGAUGGUUUGCUGUUGCAUCCUCAUGACAAGUUCUUCAACUUUUAAAUCAAGUUUAACGACCAAGGAAAGCAGCAUUUUUGACCAAAUUUGUUCUAACUCGACAGAUUUUAAUUAAAGUAUAAGGGGAUGUAGGUCAUGGCCAGAGAAGGCAUUAAUCAGAUGGUUGGUGAUCCGAACACUGACCUGAAUACAGGUUAAAAACAACCCUGUAUAGUUAUUUUUUAGAUUUCAACAUUCGAACACAUUGUCGUCACUGUAUAAACAACAUUUAGAUAUUUAAUUUAUAUUGUAUACUAUCCUUCGUUAGCCUCAUUUGCCUUUAAGUUGACACCAAAUGUCCAGACUUUCUGUAUAACAUAAAAAAAACAUACAUGUGC